GGGAGUAUCGUUAUACCGUUCAUUUACAUUGACUGAAAGUGCAGCUGAUAUCGCAUGAGAACGGGGUUGAAAGCACCUUUAGCCCUGCAUACAAAAACACGUGUGAUGAGCACUUGAGACUUGUGUUGCAUAAAAAAAUUUUAACCUGUCCUGCGCACAGCAUGAAGAAACAAUCGCACAGAAUGACGAAGAGUGAGAGUACGACAGUCUCAUCGAUGGAGGAGGAUUUGGAGGAAGUUGAUGAGAUGGAAAGCGAUGAUGAAGCACCAGAAGCCGUCUCUUUCAAUCAGGGCAGAAAAGAAGCGUUGGAAUCAAUAUCCCACGCACUACAAGAUCUACAGAGAGUGAAGUUGAAGGCUAAAGAGAGACGUCGAGAUCGCGACAAACUCCUCAAGGAGCAGAAACAAAAGAAGAAGGUGUCGUUGAGUAAGGCACGCCUCCCUCCUGAGUUACUGGACAAACUUGCCCAACAACAGGACUCGACGUUAGAACAAAGUGAGAAAUCACAAGACCAACCACAAACGGAAUCCAGCCCUACAGAGGAGACAACAGAUCGUCUCAGAGAGGAUGAUGAAGACAGUGACUUUGAAGACUUUGAUGACUUGGACGAAGAGAAAGAUCCAUCGACCAUUCAAAUCAUCCAGAGAUCCAAAGUACACCAUCCGCCUCCCAACGAAGCUGCUCGUCAGUUCCUGCAGAAUCAGUUGUAUGGCUCAAGAAUACCGCGAGAAUCCAUGACGAAGAACGUUUCAAGAAAACUGAAGAGAUUAGGAAAGCCAGGUGUGAACUUCCAUCAUAAGAAAUCACUCGGAGUCAAGAAGAAGAAAGGAAAAAGAAGUCCAACUCUUGAUCAAUAAAUUAAGCAUCAGCCAAUAAACUAGAAGUGCAGAAGUUUAGAUUUGAAAUAAGCAAGUUUCAAUCUAGAUCCUAAUUGAGAUUCAAAUGAAGUUUCAGGGGUAUUGGUGGGAGUGGUGGACCGGGG